AUGGGAAUUAAAGGUUUGCUUCCUCUUUUAACUCCUGUUUCAAAAAGAUGCCAUUUGAGUACAUUUGCUGGUUUAAAAGUAGCAAUUGAUGGCUUUGUAUGGCUUCAUCGCGUAAGUUUUCGGUAUCCAAUUGAAAUAAUUAAAGAUCCAACAACAAAAAAGAUUUUACCAUACUUAAUGAGUCGUAUUCUUUCUGUUAAAAAGUGUGGUCUUACACCUGUUGUUGUUUUUGAUGGUCAAGCACUUCCAGCCAAGUUAAUGACAAAUCAGAAGCGUCAAGAAGAGCGACGUGAAUCAUUGCUUAUUGCUCAACAGUUAGAAAAAGAACGCCGAUUACCAGAAGCAUUUGAAUAUUAUCAAAAAGCAGUUUCAAUCACUUCAGCAACUGUCUAUACAUGGAUCAAAGAACUUAGAAAUGAAUGUAUCGAGUAUAUAGUAUCUCCCUAUGAAGCAGAUGCACAAUUAGCCUAUCUUGCAAGAUCAGGAUACGUUGAUUGCGUUUUAACAGAAGACAGUGAUUUAAUUGCAUAUAGAACACCAUUAGUACUAUACAAACUUGAUGAUUCUUUACAAGUUACUUCGAUCAGAUACCAAGAUGUUUUAAAUUUUCUUAAAUUAACACCUGACAACUUUACAUCUCUUUGUAUAUUUGGUGGAUGUGAUUAUUCACCAUCUAUUACAAAUCUUGCUCUAAAGCGAGCUCUUAAACUCCUUUUAGAAUACGAAAAUCCAACAAAUGUAAUAAUUGCUGCCAGAUCUGACCAAAAAUACACAGUUCCAGCCAAAUUCGAGGAUAUGUUUAACAUGGCAUUCAAAACAUUCCUUUGCGCUCGUGCAUAUGAUCCAAGAACAGAAAAAUUGGUUUUUCUUUCAGAUCCUCCAGAAGAACACAGCUUCCUAGGGUCAGACAUUGCUCCAGACAUACUUAAACAGCUUGUUAAAGGUGAAAUUGACACGGUUACUCUUGGACCAUUCGAAUUACCAAAUUCUUCAUCAUCUGUGUCUCCUUACUUCAAAACAAACUCAGCUCCAAAGAUCGAAAGCGUCAAAGUAGGAGAACCAUCACAAUCUAAGUAUUUCAAGUGCACAAGACUCACUGAAAGACCUUUCCAGAUUUCAUUCAAUGCUACAUCAUAUUUACAAGCUAUCAAACUAACAGUUAAUUGA